GGUAACGGAAGUGAGGUCGACGUGCGCCGGUGGCGUGAUGGAGCAGCAACAACAGCAGCUACGAAAUUUGCGGGACUUCCUGUUGGUGUACAAUCGGAUGACAGAACUCUGCUUCCAGCGCUGCGUUCCCAGCCUGCACUACCGAACUCUGGACGCAGAGGAGGAGGCAUGCUUGCACAGCUGUGCUGGGAAGCUGAUCCAUUCCAACCACCGUCUCAUGGCCGCGUAUGUGCACCUCAUGCCUGCCCUGGUCCAACGCCGCAUCGCAGACUAUGAGGCCGCCGCAGCUGUGCCAGGCGUUGCUGCAGAACAGCCUAAAGCUUCGCCCCCAGGCAGUUAGCUGCUUCCCACCCCUGAAGGCGUGGCCCUGGAUGGAGCCUCCCAGCUAAGAAGCCUUGGACUGGGUAUAGCCUGUGCAGAGAAAGUGAAGGGUUGCCUGAGAGCUGGGUACGUUUGCUCCUUCCCCUGGAACAAAUAAACCUGGUUGUUUUUUUUAAACAGUGUCUCCCCACCCCCACUCCAGGCCCCGCACCCUCGGAAGGGAGCGCACUUUAUUGGCACCAUCCUCUGUUCUGUCAGUUGCUACAUACCGAAGUUGCUUUCUACUUACAGAAGGUAAACCUCAGUACUCCAAGGCCCUUGGUUAAAGCAACAGGAUGUUGGUUCCUGCCCAGAUGACAGAGUAUAUUGGGCCCGUCUAGCUGCCCUUGGGGUUUAAAUGGCUCACUUGUAAUUCAGGUAUACAUUAGUUCCUAACUUUUGUAUGGACUGUAUCUUAUAAGAAAGUACCCCAGGGAAGGGAUAUCUUAAGGACAACAGAUCCCCAAACCACAGGGCUUCUAUUCUAGGCACUAACUCCUUUGAAAUUAGUAGCCACAGAGCAAAGAUGAAACUUGUAAGAACGCUGGAUGUUUUGGAAACUUCUACCAUUUUCCCAGAUUACUUCGCUAUUUCCUGUUUUCUCAGGGUGAGCAAUAAAAUCUUCAAUGAAAAA